AAAUUGAGAGGGCAAAAUUAGGUGAGAGGGCCCAAGAGUCGCCGGCUGCUAUAUAAAUACGCCCCACCAACUCCCCUCUUUAAUUCUCUCACCCCUCUCUCAAGAAGUGAUGCAGUAUACACCUCUACAACCUUAAUAGAUGGUUACACUCAUAUAAUUUCUUAAUUUCCCUAUUUCCCAUUUUUACGCAAGUAGCACCUUAUUUUUUUGACGAUUUUUUACUUAAGAAUCGAUUUUGGGGUUAGACGAGUGAUCUCCUUGAUCUGUUUAGCAGUUUUUUAAGUGAGAAUAGAUGGCGGCGAUGGCUCAGCUUCGCUUCUCCCCACUUGCGUGCCACUACAGCCGCCCCAGCGGUGGUCGCGAGUUUGCCAGUUUUUCCCCAAUAUUCGCCGAUAAGACUUCCUCGAGUUCUGUCUCCUUUCCCUCAUUGAAAUGCAGUGGAAAUUUAAUGGGGAGUCUUGAUCUACAAAGUAAAUUUCAAUUACCAUGUGCUGGAGGCGGUGGAGAUAUUGGCGUUGGACGAGGUAGUGGUGGAGAUGAUGGUGGAAAUAGAGGGUGGAACGGUGGUGGAGGAGAUUCAGAUGAAUCCAAAUCUUCAUCGGAUAGUUUUGGACCUAUUGGGGCUUUUCUCAAUGGAUGGAGAUCGAGGGUUGCUGCUGAUCCGCAGUUCCCCUUCAAAGUUCUCAUGGAGGAGUUGGUGGGUGUUAGUGCUUGCUGUUUAGGAGACAUGGCUUCGCGCCCGAAUUUCGGGCUCAAUGAGCUGGACUUUGUGUUUUCUACGCUUGUUGUUGGUUCCAUCAUGAAUUUCGUGCUUAUGUAUCUCUUGGCCCCAACCAUGUCCUCCGCAAGUAUAUCUUUACCCGGCAUUUUCGCCAGUUCUCCAACGAGCCAUAUGUUUGAACCCGGGGCAUAUAGCGUGUUGAGUAGGUUGGGGACUUUUGUGUACAAAGGCACUGUAUUUGCAGCUGUUGGGUUUGCAGCUGGACUUGUUGGCACUGCUCUCUCCAACGGGUUGAUCAAGAUGAGGAAGAAGAUGGAUCCUAGUUUUGAGACGCCAAACAAAGCUCCACCAACAGUUUUGAAUGCUGUCACUUGGGCAAUCCACAUGGGCGUCAGCAGCAAUCUCAGAUACCAAACCUUGAAUGGGAUCGAGUUUUUGUUAGCCAAGGGAGUUUCGCCUGUUCUUUUCAAGACCUCCGUGGUCGGUUUGAGAUGCUUGAACAACAUUCUUGGAGGGAUGUCUUUUGUAAUCUUGGCCAGGUUGACCGGGUCACAGAGUGUCGAUGGAGGGAAGGGUGACGAGAGGGAGAAACUGGUUAGCGAGGCUGAAUCGGACGAGUUCCUAGUUAGGGAAUCCACCUCAAAAUGAUUGCCCUUUGGAGAUGGUCUCACCCUUAAUCUCAAAUUCUGGGUUUCUUCUCCUGACUUGUGAUUGACUGGAUGCUUGCUUAUCGUGAUUAUCCAGUCAGUGUGCUGCUCUGCUUGAAAUCAUAUGCUAGUUUUAUCCAAACCAUGUUGGCGACUAAAAUUACUUGGUCUGUUUUCUUAAAUUAGUUCCCUUUUUUGUACAAUCGUCUGCUUUAGGAACUUAAAGAACUAAGAAAUAAAGGAAUGGUUUUGAUGGUU